UUUGCUUCACUCCAAACACACACCCAGCUGUACCAGCUGCUGUACACCUGCUCCCCAACACCACCGAUUCCCUCCAAGGCUUGCGGCCUACUUGCCACGAUGCCGUCCGAAUCUCGUGUAGAGAAUCCCUUCUUCCACCCCUUCCUCUUCGUCUUCCAGAUAUGGCAAUGGUUCGCCGAUAAAAUCUUCUCGCCCACCCCUCCUGAGCCCAGCACUCGCCUCAGUCGACCCAAGGUUGCUGUCAUUGGAGCUGGUAUCACUGGUGUUACUUCCGCCGCGCACUGCAUUGGCCAUGGUUUUGAUGUGGUCAUCUUCGAGGCCGGUGGCCGCGAGAACCUCGGUGGUAUCUGGAGUAAAGUGAACAACUCGUCCAGUCUUCAAAUCCACUCCAUGAUGUUCCGCUUCCACCCCUCGGUCAAGUGGGAACGCGGGUAUCCCGACAGACAGCAGAUCCUAAGCCAGGUAAAGCAGCUUUGGCAGAAAUAUGGACUUGAGACACGCACCAAAUUCAACACACCCGUGGAAAAGGUCUAUCAGGAUGAGAAGGGCAGAUGGGUCGUCAACAAUACUGCGAAUGGCCACUUCGAAGGCGUUAUCGCCGCUGUUGGUACCUGUGGAGAGCCCAAGAUGCCCCAGCUCCCGGGGAUGGAGAAGUUCAAGGGCAACAUCUACCACUCCAGCCAGCUUACUGGCAAGAACGCCAAGGGCAAGAAGCUCGUCGUCAUCGGAGGUGGUGCCAGCGCCGUUGAAGCUCUGGAGUUUGCUGUGGAUGAGGAAGCUGAGAAGACUUCCAUUCUGUCUCGCAGCGAUAAGUGGAUCAUCCCUCGCAAUCCCAUCGUGAACAUGCUUCUUGCUAUGAACAUCCUCGGUCAAGAGACUCGUCUCUCUUGGAUCCCGGAGACGCUGCUUCGCAAAUUUUUCUACCGAGACCUGCAAGACAUCGCACCGUACGACAAGGGCAUCUACAUGGAUACGCCAAUGGUAAAUAGCCAUGUCAUGGAGACCAUCCGGUCCGGCCACGCCGAGUGGGUUCGCUGCGAUAUUGAGGGCUUCACGGCGGAAGGUGUGAUUGUCAAUAGACGCGCUCAAGGUGUACCCAAGGGCGGCCCUGGCAGAAGACAGGUCAUCCCGGCCGAUAUCAUCGUCAUGGCCACUGGAUUUAAGCGCCCGUCCCUGGAAUUCUUGCCUGAUGACUGCUUCAACGAGCCGUACUCGCCUCCCAACUGGUAUAUCCAGACUUUCCCUCCAAACCACCCGUCUAUCUCAGCUAUCAACUGCACGUACGUUGCUGCUAUCGGCACGGUCGGAAACUGGCACAUCGGCAUCUAUACCAGAAUCCUUCUGAUGUUCCUCAUUGACCCGUUGACAAGACCCCAUCCCUUCUGGAUGAAGGCCUGGAUCGAAAUGACCAAGCUUCUGAAAUCCGCGUCGCCUACCGGUGCUUUCGACUUCUUCACUUAUCUCGAGCUCAUCUGGUGGUUCGCCUUCAGUGUUACCUUCAACCCAUUCCGCUGGAAGUGGGCAUUCUUCGUCUUUUUCGGAUUGGGCUUCAUGCUUCCUAAGCGCGUCGUUGAGGUUGAGAGUCGGAUUCGCAACGGAAUGGGUUUCCAUGAGGAUGUCGGACGCGAUGUAGGACACAGCAUUUAG